ACAGUCUUCUGCCGUUGUUAUUCAUAAGUACAUGUUGUGUUAUGAUUUUUAAGUUCUCAAAAGGUCCUUUGGCAUAUUAUGUGUGUGAAUAAUUUCCUAAAUUGACCGUUACUCCUAAUGACUGAUACGUUAAAAUUUGUAUAUUUUUCUUUAGUUAGUCAGUGAGACUAUCUCCGAUUAAUCGCGUAUCGAUUAACACGUCAUUGUAAGCAAUCUUGUCUGAAUAUUGCGCAUUGUAUUGUACCACAUUAUUUUCACAGCGGUCGUCAGCAGAGCCGCAUAUAUCCAGCACCGCAAUACUUUACCAGACAACACGAAAUAUGUUUUCUACAAAAUUUUUGAUCGCUUUCGCGCUUUACAGUCUGGUUUUGGACACAACUUCAGGAAAACCUUUCACUGAUGGACUGACGGCGUGCAAGAGAAGUGAUCCGAUGUUGGACGAUUGUCUGUUAAACAUGCUCAAACAGACAAAACCUCAGCUCAUGCAAGGUAACCCGGAACUGAAUCUACCACCAUUGGACCCUGUACAUAUCCCCAGAGUUUCGGUGUACAAGAACACUCAAGAAAUCAGGGUGACUGGAGAGCUAUCCAACUUGACUGCUAAAGGCGCCAGUUCAAUUACCUUCAAAGCAUUAAAAGUCAAUUUGAGAGAAAACACGUGGGAUAUGACUAUGACGGUUCCCCUCAUUACGUUCGUCACGGACUUCAAUUUAAAUGUCACGUUAAAAAUUAUUCUCAUGCCAGUCUUCGGAAAGGGACUGUGUGACGGAAAAAUCAGUCAUAGCGUCGUUCGAUUUCACGCCAACACCGAAGUGAAGGACGGCAAAUUGAAGUUGAACGAUAUUAAAAUCAACUUGAACCUCGGCGACGUGGAUGUGCACAUCAUAAAAUCGCAAAACCCAGCAUUAGCGCAAACGACGUCGCAGUUUUUCAACUCCAACAAGCGCAUGGUUCUCGACCUGGUAACGCCGGUCGCCGAGGACGUGGUCCGACAGAUGUUACUCCGAUACGGCAACAGAAUUCUGUCCACGGUGGAGAUUACGGAUCUGUUGAUUGACUGAGCUGUCAAAAUCUUCGAGGAUAUAGGCACGGCUGCGUGUCAUAUAUACGUCGAACAAUUUAUACAUCGUAAUAUUAUAAAGUAGGUACUUUUUUAGUCUUAAAAAGUACUAUGAUAUAAUAUCAAUAAAGUAUUCGGUUGGAGCACUACACAUACGAAUAAGCCUUUAACCUAAAUCCUGAUAUUCUGUAUGCUGCGCUCGGUUAUUAUCACGUAGGCGUUGGUCUUAUAUUUGUAUGUACCUGUAGUACGUGUCGUACUGUCGCAAAAACCGUAAUAACAAUCAAUAAUUAGUUAUUAUAAUUUGUAUAGACUCAUAACUGCAUAUAGCAGCAUAGGCGUAUGUUAUAGACUACAAUAAACAUAAUAUUAUAUAUUACAUUAUCUCAUUAAUACCGAUUCAGAACACUUAUCAUUGUAUACAGUGUCGGUAUUAUUAAAUAAUUUUUUUUUUUUUUUAAAUAUAUUUUAAAUUUUAAUUGUACUAGAGAUUUUAUUAUCAUCUAUAUAUUAUUAUCCGUGUAUUUUAUUGUUUAUUGAAUUAUAUCUUAACAAUAUAUUUCUGUUAAUUUGUAUAUAAUAAUAUAUUUGAUUGUACUGUAGUAUGUUAGCAAUUAUUAUUGUUACACUUGUAUCGAUAGUUUUAUUUUAUUUACUAUACAAACAUACCCUGACCUAUAAAGCGUUGUAAUUAUUGGUAGAUAAUAAGUAUCAUAUAUUUAUAAUUUGUUAUUGUCUUAUCAAUAAUUUACUCAACGUAUAGUUUGAGCAUUAUAAAUGGGUUUAUUAUAUUAUAGAGGAUUACUUAAAAAUUGUAUUUAAAUAUGUUGUCAUUUUGUUACACAUUACACUACAUUAAAGUUUCUGUAUAGAAAUGAAACGCAGUAACAAAUUAUUAUUGAAAUACCGCUGUUGCUAUAUUAUAACACUCAAGUACUUACCUCCGGUUUUGUCAUCGUCGCAAUUUUAUAAUAUUACGUUCUACAAUCAUAAAUUAUGACUAUAAGGUAUUACUAAGCAGAAGCUAUAAUAUAAGAAAUAUAAAUAGUUUUAUA